UACAAAAAAAGAUACUAACAAAAUACACGUCUCAUGAAAUCCACAUUUCUCCUACCAAAACCCUUCAAUUCUUUUCUCAUAUAUAAACACCUAUAUGUCCAAAUACACACACACACACAGUUCUGUUUCAUCGACCAGCAAGCAUGUCUAAAUACUACGCAAAGAAACAAACCCUUAUGAAAUCCAAAGAAAUCAACAGUGAAAAGCAGAAGCACAACACCAAUUUCUUCUCCAAAAACCUCAAGAAAAUCUAUCCCAUUGGCCUCCAAAAAAGAAGUCAUUGCUCCCCCAUCUCAUUAUCUUCCUUGUCGCUCUCGCUCUCGCAGAAUUCAACCGAUGAUUCUUCCCCGACCGACUCAGCUUCUCCCCCACCGUUGGAGGAGAAGAUCUUGUCCGCGCUGCACUUGCUUUCCCCCAUCCAAUCUCCGCCUCCGUCCCAUGACGAUGAAGAGCCGAGGAGGUGCAGCUGGAUCACCAAAAACAGUGACAGCGUUUACGUCCAAUUUCACGACGAAUGCUGGGGAGUACCAGUUUAUGAUGACAAUAAGCUUUUUGAGCUUCUUGCAAUGUGUGGACUCCUCAUGGACUUGAACUGGACCGAAAUCCUUAAAAGAAGACAGCUUUUAAGGGAAGCUUUUAGUGGUUUUGAUCCUUACAAAGUGAGCAAAAUGGGGGAAAAGGAGAUCAACACCAUAAUCUCAAACAAAGACGUAGCUUUAGCGGAAAGGAGAGUUAGGUGCGUAGUUGACAACGCAAAAUGCAUUACAAAGAUUGCUAGAGAAUGUGGUUCAUUUAGCUGCUACAUGUGGGAGUACGUGAGCUACAAACCGGUGAUCAACAAGUUCCGGCACUCAAGAAACGUGCCGUUGAGGAGCCCGAAGGCGGAGAUCAUAAGCAAGGAUCUUGUGACAAGUGGAUUCCGGUACGUGGGGCCCGUCAUCGUCUACUCCUUUAUGCAGGCGGCCGGGAUGACCGUUGAUCAUCUCCUUCAUUGCUACAGAUAUGGGGACUGCGUUGAUCUUGCUGAGAGGCCAUGGAGACACUUCUAAUCCUAUUUAAUCAACUAAAAUAUUUUGAAUUUAAUUAAUAAUAUUCAUAAUUAAAACCUGAGGAGUACUUAUUUGCAUAAAUAUUGUUUGAGGAGAGGUGUGGCUGUCUGAGUUUUUUUAGCUGGACAGAUGGUGUGAGCGUUUGUGUUUUUUUAAUUAUUUUAUUUUGUUAAUAUCUACUCUUAAUUAAUGUUAGUAUUUGAGUUUUUUUUUGUGAGUUAUGAGCACUGUAUUUAGUUGGUGAAAUGUUUUAUUUUCCAAGGAAAUAAAAAAAAAUUCGAUUUCA